AUGGAUUCACUCAGUGUAGCAAUCACUCAGUUUGGGUUUGAUCUUUUCAAAGAACUGAAGGAAACAAAAGAUGGUAACAUCUUCUUCUCCCCUUUGGGCAUCUCAACUGCCAUUGGCAUGCUGCCCCUUGGGACUGGAGGAGCUACCGCCUCACAGUUACAGAAGGUGUUUUACUCUGAAAAAGACAAAGAAAACUCUGGAGUAAAGGCAGAAGAAAAAGAGAUUGAGAAGUCAGAAGAGAUACACCACCAAUUCCAAAAGCUUUUGGCUGAAAUAAGCAAACCCACUGAUGAUUAUGAACUGAACAUAACCAACAGGCUAUUUGGAGAGAAAACAUACCUCUUCCUUCAAAAAUACUUAGAUUAUGUUGAAAAACAUUACCAUGCAUCUCUGGAACCUGUUGAUUUUAUAAAUGCAGCAGAUGAAAGUCGAAAGAAGAUUAAUUCCUGGGUUGAAAGCCAAACAAAUGAAAAAAUCAAGGACCUGUUUCCAGAUGGCUCUCUUAGCAGCUCCACCAAGCUGGUGGUGAUAAACACAGUUUAUUUUAAAGGGCAGUGGGACAGGGAGUUUAAGAAAGAAAAUACCAAGGAGGAGGCAUUUUGGUUGAAUAAGAACACAAGUAAACCCGUGCAGAUGAUGGCACAGAGACACUCCUUUAGCUUCAGCUUCCUGGAGGACCUGCAGGCCAAAAUUGUGGGAAUUCCAUACAAAAACAAUGACCUCAGUCUGUUUGUGCUCCUGCCCAAUGACAUAGAUGGUCUGGAGAAGAUUAUAGAUAAAAUAAGUCCUGAGAAAUUAAUAGAGUGGACCAGUCCUGGGCACAUGGAGGAAAGGAGCGUGGACCUGCACUUGCCGCGCCUGGUGGUGGAGGAGAGUUACGACCUUGAGCCUGUGCUGGCAGCCUUGGGGACACGCGAGGCCUUCAGCGCGGACUUCUCGGGGAUGUCCCCGCGCUUCCACCUGCACGCGCACAAGUUUCGGCACAGGUCUCUCCUGGAGGUGACCGAGGAGGGCGUCCAGGCUGCUGCUGCCACCGGCAUUGGCUUCACCGUCUCUGCUGUCCCGGUCUGUGAACUCGUCCACUGCAAUCACCCUUUCCUGUUCCUCAUCAGGCACAACGCAUCCGACAGCAUCCUCUUCUUUGGCAGGUUUUCCUGUCCCUAA